GAAAGAUGGUGGACCUCGCGCAGGAACAAUCUCGGAUUCGUCUUAAUUGCCGCAAGAGGACUUUUAGAUCCGUUUUCACGCCGUUGACCUGCAAUUUUAGGGGCGAUGUUCCAAUGCUAGAUCAACUACUUUGAAGUAAGGCUGUUCUGGAAGUAUAAAUGAAAGACAUAUCGCUGUUUCUUUCUGGCUGCACAGCACGUCUGCGGUCUUAUUUUUCCAGACUUUCUUGAACAAGAUGUCUCCUUCUUCUGCCAGAAAUGUCGAUCGAAUCACCGAGCUCCAAAACUCUCUGACCUCUCUGUCAAAAGUUGCGCUCGAGAAUGAGGAUGAGAGGAAGAAAUUGCUGGCUGUGUUGAGGGCUCAAGUUGCUGUUUUGGAAACUCCACUUGAAGUAGUUUGGAGGAUGAUGAUGGAGCCUCAUCAGAGCACUGCUCUCAGAAGUGCUCAGGGCAUGGGUUUGAUAGAACCUAUCGUUUCUAGUUCUCCAAGAACGGCGACAGAGCUUGCGACAAUCACGAAAUGUGAUAAGCAGCUCAUCGUGCGCAUACUCCGGUGCCUCUCAGCCAUGAAGAUGGUCGAUGAAGUAGAUUACGAAACAUAUGCCUCGAACCCAACGACACAAAUCUUGACAGUCCCCUCCGUUGGUGGCGGCUUCAAAUUCAUGUUCGAUGAAGCUGCUGUAUCGGUUGUCCACGUGCCCGCAUUUCUCAGCAAGACCGGUUACAAGAAUCCCGAAGGGCCAGAAACUUGUUUCCAGUCUGCCUUCAACACUGAUCUGCAGCUGUUCCCGUACCUCAUGGCAAAUCCAGAGCGGAUGGGACACCUGAACGAUCUGAUGACCGGUCAAAGGAUGAACAGAACUGAAUGGUUCGAUUUCUCUGAUGUGGACUCCAUUUUGUUCGAUGGAAUGGAUACUAAGGAUUCAGACGCGACGUUAUUGAUUGACAUUGGUGGUGGGAGAGGACAUGAUCUGGAGGCAUUUAGAAACAAAUUUCCAAAUGCGAAAGGAAAGCUGGUGUUGCAAGAUUUGCCGCCGGUGAUUGCUGAUAUCGAAGCGUUGGACAGCUCGAUUGUGCGCAUGGAGCAUAACUUCUUCACGGAGCAGCCCAUCAAAGGUGCAAGAGCAUAUUACAUCCGAUCUUGUUUGCACGAUUACAACGAUGCCGAUGACCGCAAGAUCUUGAGACAGAUCGUUGACGCCAUGAAACCUGGGUACUCGAAGCUGCUGAUAUUUGAAUGGAUAUUGCCUGAUGUUGGAACGCCUCUAUAUCCGGCGCUUCUAGACCUCAAUAUGUUGGCCUUGUUUAGUGGUAUGGAGAGGACUGAAACUCAUUGGAGAAACUUGUUGGAGAGUGUUGGCCUCGAGGUUGUGAAGGUUUGGAGUAUCGGUAAGGAGACGGAGGGCCUAAUCGAAGCAAUGAAGAAAGCGUGAAGAAUGUCAGGACAAGUUCUCCAUAUGUCUU